UUCUUUCAACACAGACUACCAACGAAUUUUCCAGUCCCUUUAAAGAAGCCUGGCUGCUCCCUGUCGCGAUGGCUAAUUCCUUAGGAACCGGUGGAUCCAGUUUGAUCCAUCCCUCUGCCUCUUUCCUUCUUACAAGCCCGUCGACUCUUCCCUUUCCGGCGUUCCUUCUUUGGGUCGAGUCAGGUCUGCGUUGAACUUUCCCGGACAGACAUUGUAUUUUUAAGGGGCACAGAAGAAGACUCUGAUGCAACGUGGGUCACCUGUGAGAUGAUGCUGAUUAAAAAAUGCAGCGUUUCCCUGCAUUAUUCAGAAAUCACUAGAAAUAAUAAGUGAUUUUGAAUUUGGUGGGCUUUAAAGGGUGGUGGGAGACGACCGACCAUCCCGUCCUUCAGUCCUUGACUGAAAUUACCAGCCAGUUUUGCCCGGGAGAGACACUUAAAGCUGCUGGAUCUCUGCGUGGGAAAUGGAGGCACCCAAUGGCUACUCUGCUAGUAAUGGCCAGUGCUCUCCUGGUAAGGAGAAGUCAAGAAUGUCAACACCGACCAACACUGGCCAAAAUGAUCCUUAUGUUCGAAAUUGCCCCAGUGAAUUAGCUGAUAAACAGAUCAAGCAAGAAGAAGACACAAAUGAGGAGGCUCACACAAGCCCAGCGCGUGAGGACCAAACAGGAAAAGAAGGGACUUCGGUGGGGGAAUCCAUGAGUGGGAGCCCGAAUAAUACACCAGACAGGAUAUCUGGACAAAGUAUGACCUCAGAGGCAGUCAAUCGACAACCAAACGGUGACCGGCCAUUCCAGUGCAACCAGUGUGGUGUCUCAUUCACUCAGAAGGGGAAUCUGCUGCGACACAUCAAGUUGCACACUGGAGAAAAACCCUUCAAAUGUCCCUUCUGCAACUACGCCUGCCGCCGCCGUGAUGCUCUCACGGGUCAUUUGCGAACCCAUGCUGUUGGCAAACCUCACAAGUGUAACUACUGUGGGCGGAGCUACAAACAGCGCAGCUCCCUGGAGGAGCAUAGAGAACGCUGUCAUAGUUACCUGCACAGCAUCGGCUUGGAGCCAGCUACCAACACGGGCUCUUACGCAGGUGAGGUUCCUAAAGACCCGAGGCCCAUGACGACGUUUGAUCGUCCACUUGUUAUUGAAAGACUGCACAGUAACGUCGGGAAGAGGAAGAGCACCACUCCCCAGAAAUUUGUGGGUGAAAAAAUGGUGCGCUACAGCUACCCUGAAAUGGGAUAUGAAAUGGGCCUAAAGUUUGAGAAGCAGCCUGAAUUCACACCUCACAUGAUGGACCAGGCGAUGAGUAAUGCCAUCACUUACCUGGGAUCAGACACACUUCGCCCCAUUAUCCAACACCCAGGGCACCCUCUCUCCAUGACUGAGGUUGUGCCCAUGGUCAACCCGCUCUAUCAUCAUGUUCUGCCUCUUGGCCACAGAGCGGAGCGUACAGGGAACAUGGACUUACUGCCACCUCAGCCACCAUUAUCUUCGGAGUUUCCCAGCCACACCAUCUCCAAUGGGCCUGCUGCACGGCAGGGUAGACCGACCCAGUCAGGACAAGAAGAAUCGCCAAGUAUCAGUGGAGGAGAGUCCCCUGACUCGGCCCGCAGCAGCCCUCAGGAACGACAUGCCAACCCCGGUAGCAAUCUCCCUCCAAGCCAAAGAUCGCGCUCAAGUCCCGCGGUUUAUUCGGGUGAUCAUGCGACAGAGGUGUCACCCAGAAGUGGGUCAGGAAUCGGGGCUGGGGUCUUGCGAGAAUCCACUGAGAGGCUCGCCAGUCAGGAAGCGGUGCGGGUGUUUGGACGAGAAGGCCGGGAGUUGCGAGCUUUCCAGUGCGACCAUUGCCAAGUGCUCUUCUUGGACCAUGUCAUGUACACGAUCCACAUGGGUUGCCAUGGAUACAGAAAUCCACUGGAGUGUAACAUCUGUGGUCACCACAGCAAAGACCGCUAUGAAUUCUCCUCACAUAUUGUCCGUGGUGAGCAUACAUUCCAGUGAAAGGAUGCUUACAGAUUUAAAGUAAGGAGAGCAUUUUCAUUCUUAUUCCUAGACCUUUAAUUGUGCUGCAGUCCUACAGUACGUAGCACGAAUGCAGACUUUUCAGCUACUUACUGUGAAUCUGAACAGCUGAACAAUCAUAUGAAGGCUUGAUAGCAGUGUGCGCUGAUCAAAUGACUUGUUCUGAAACCUUUUUAAAAGCUUACUAAAACAGACUUCUCAAGGAUUUACUGACCAGAAGUACUUUCUGGAGCAACAUGCAAUCAUAAAGAGUUUACAGAGAGAGGACCAGUGGCUCUGGGUCUCAGACUGUUGUAUGUAAAUUUGUUUGGAAAUUUUGUAAUUCACUUUAAAAAAAAAAAAAUUACAAUUUAAUUCUCAAAAUAUUACAACUUCUUCAUGGUGAUAUUGCUUUUUUUAUUCCAUUUGACCUUAAUACACUUUCAGUAACUCUUUCAUAAAAGCUCUGUCCCACUGUGAUGUUUACAAUUCCGUCUGAAAAAGGAAGGCGUACGUUUUUUAAACUCUUUUAUUCAUUUUUCAUCUGGUUUAAAGAAACUUUCUGACACCAAGCUUUGGAUUGGUUUUUCACUGUUACUUACCGGGUUGUUGACAUUCAUGGCUAUCGGACGGGUGGAACUGAGAUAGUACAGUGGAACUUUCGUUACCGUCAUUAAUCCUUUCCAGAAGGUCCGUCUCUAACCGAAACAUACUCUAACCAAAUCAGUUUUUCCCAUAAGAAAUAAUAUAAAUCCAAUUCAUUCGUUACAGAAAACCAAAAAUGCUAAUCCAGAACACGUUUUUAUAGUUUUACACUUAUACUUUUACCUGGAGAAAACACUUUGAAAUGCAUAUAAAUGGGAAAACUGAACAUUUAUUUAUCAUGACUGCUGACAAAGACGGCGAUGUGGCAGCGAGAUCCACUUGGACACCACAUUCGUGUUUUGCCAUGAGUUAUUUCUUCAAUUCAAUAAAGUUUCUCACCUUCUUUAUCAAAAUGUUGCAACUUGCAACUUUCUUUGGCUACAUACACGUCCAUGGAGGCGCAACAGUGCUAACUUCCUGUUUCCAUGUAUUCACAAGUGCUAACAAGAACGUUUUGUGAUAAAUAUACAUGGAGAACACAUUUGGACUCAGGCAGUGUAAUAAUAACAGGACAAGACGUGCGCCACAUUGUACGCUAACGGGAAAAUGUAUGCAAACCUAGGAAAAAUUUGGCUAUAAAUUUUUGCCGUUAACUGAAAAACACGCUAACUGAGGUUCCACUGUUACCCAAAAUAAUAGUAUUCCAAGGUAAUAGUGAUCCAAAUAUACUUUCGAAAUGAGCCAUGGUGCUCGCACAGUAGUUACUGUAACAGUUUGAGUGAUUUUAAGUUGAUUAGUCAUGCCUGGAGCGUGGGAUCACAUCGUGAAAAGGCGACUGUUGUGUAAAAACUACAAAAGAGUCAAGAUUGCGAGUUUUUGUCUGUCUUUCGUGACUCAUACUUUUAAACAGACAUUUCUCAGGUGUUCGGUGUGCCGUAAGCUGGGCUCAGUGAAAGCGUUAUUCAUACAUGAGCAGAUGUAUUUUAAGAUACAUUUAGACAUUACUCAUGCUGUACUGUCUACCGUCCAUGGACAAAAAAAAUUUGCCGCCAUAUGACACCAUCUGUCGGAAAUAUGUAGACGGAAGCAGACGGAAUUGUGAAACAGCGCUAUGGGACUUAACAAAGACAAGCUUGUGCUGCAAGUAGUUGUUUGGUCACCCGAUGCUGCUUGGUGUCCAUCGGCACUUGAUUUGCUUGUGCUAAUGUUGUUUCUCAUUGUAUCCAUCUGUAUUGGCAGAAUCUUGUGCCAUUAUCGUCACUAUUUAACUCUGCGAUGUUACAGUGUUUACGUUAAUGUUGGCAUUAUUUAAGAAUCAAAUUUCUAUUGCAUAAUAAUCUAUUAUUACAUCUUAACACCAAUAUUUUUAGACAUUUCUCCCUGCUCGAGUUUCUGCAUGUGUAUUUAGGCACCUUUAAUGUGAAUCAAUACAUGUUAUGAAUGAUUCUGUUGGCUUUUAAUAGAAUUACAACUAAUCUAAUACAGUAAUCCCUCGUUUAGUGCGGUUCAUCGGUUCCAGACCCGGCAGUGAUAAGUGAAUUUCCGCACAGUAGGAUUCCUUAUUUAUAAAUGGAAUAUUUUCAUUGUUAAGAGCACAGAAAAGCUGUUUAUGACAUUUUAAAUCCUGUUUUUAUAGUACUUCCUGCGGUGGCUAUCAAUGUAACAUUACUGACACCUAGUGACCAGUGUAGAAUACUACAUAUCAUCCAUUGAACGUGUCCCUUGAAUGCCUUAUAUUUGUAUUUUAGGUCAUUUAGCGGUUUUUGAAAAUGUUUAAUUUAGGAAAAAAACAUUUUAAACUUGCUUAAAUAUGCAGAUUUCUUUUUUACUAAUAAUAGGCCGUACAACAUUAAGUCGAUUUACUUUUGCAGCUGGUAUCUGUUCACUUUUUCAAGUUGAGUUUGAGUGAGUAUCAUCUGCAAAAGUAAAUUGACUUUACUUUAAAAAAAUAACGUAGAAACAAAGACUACUCCUGUUUGAGGGACGGGAUAAAAUGGUGGAAAAAGUUGCCUUACAAUAUCAAAGUAAAUAAAACAUGAUACAUUUUUGUCAUGGUGAGCUACUUAAAUCAACUAUGUUGGCCAUGUCUGUUAGCUAACAUUUUGUUAGCUCCUAGCCUACACCACCCAAGUGUGUUAGCUCACAGCUAACCGCUAAGGUUAUACAGAGGAAAAAAACGUGUUUACUUUAAAUUAGGGUCAUUUGCAAACGUCAACUAGAAAUAAACUUGGUAAGAGUAAUUUCACAUAUUAAUUACUGGUCCUCCGUAGGAAUGAAUCUCCAUUUAUUUUGGACUUAAAGGAAAACUGUCCUUUUUUGGAAUCCACAAUCAUCCACAAUCCUUAUGUGAGAUAUGAACACAUAUGUCUAUUUCUUUUCUAUGCAUUCUCAAGAUGUAGUUCUAGAGCAGCUAAAAAGGCCGAGCUAAGAAUCCAAGUAAUGGGAAACACUUAUUCCGCCUAUAAAGCCUUCUGAAAAAUACUCAAAAAAACACUAACAACGCUACAUUUACAUAUAAUGUGUCGUGCAUAUGAACAAAGCUACAGCGAGAUUGAUAUUAUUCCAUCCAUCGGGUUGGGUCAGGUUGCGGGGGCAGCAGAGAGAGACAUAGUCUCUCCAACAUGUCCUGGGUCUUCCCCGAUGCCUACUACCGGUUGGCUGACCAGAUGCCCAAGCCACCUCAUCUGGCUGCUCUCAAUGCGGAGCAGCAGUUCUACUCUGAGCUUUUCCCGGGUGACAAUGCUUCUCACCUACGGAGACAACUCAUUUCGGCUGCUUGUACACGCGACCUUGUCCUUUUGGCCACUACCGUGACCAUAGGUGAGGGUAGGAACGUAGCUCGGCCGGUAAAUUGAGAGCUUUACCUUUCAGCUCAGCUCCCUCUUCACCACAACGGACCAAUGCAGAGUCCGCAUCACUGCAGACGCCACACCAGUCCACCUGUCGAUCUCGCAUUCCAUCCUUCCCUCACUCAUGAACAAGAACCCGAGGUACUUAAACUCCUCCACUUGGGGCAGGAUCUCAUCCACGACCUGGAGAUGGCACUCCACCCCUUUCCGAGUGUGAACACAAAGUCGAUCAUCGAACUGCAGC